UCACGGAUUAAGGCAGAAUAGCGAAGGGCGGCGGCGAAGCGGCGCGCAGUCACCAACCCUAAACUCUUCCCACUAUCAUCGUCAUCCCCAUCAAAACCCUAGCUCUCGAGACCUCGCUCCACCAGCAAUGGCGGGGGGUAAGUUGAAGAAGGACAAGCCCAAGGCCAAGGCCGCUGCCGCGCCGUACCAAGGAGGCAUCUCCUUCCACAAAUCGAAGGGCCAGCACAUCCUCAAGAACCCGCUCUUGGUCGACUCCAUCGUCCAGAAAUCGGGGAUCAAGACCACCGACGUCAUCCUCGAGAUCGGUCCCGGUACCGGUAACCUCACCAAGAAGCUCCUCGACGCCGGGAAGUCCGUCGUCGCCGUCGAGCUGGACCCCCGCAUGGUUCUCGAGCUCCAGCGCCGGUUUCAGGGCACCCCUUACUCGCACCGUCUGAAGGUUAUCCAGGGCGAUGUGUUGAAGACUGAUCUACCCUACUUUGACAUAUGUGUGGCCAACAUUCCCUACCAGAUAUCCUCUCCCCUCACAUUCAAGUUAUUGAACCACCAACCGCCCUUCAGGUGUGCGGUGAUUAUGUUUCAGAGGGAAUUCGCGAUGAGACUGGUCGCUCAACCUGGUGAUAAUCUUUAUUGCCGCCUGUCGGCAAACACCCAACUGCGUGCUCGAGUCUCGCAUCUCCUCAAAGUCGGAAAGAACAACUUCCGGCCACCCCCGAAAGUGGACUCGUCCGUGGUUAGGAUAGAGCCACGAAAACCAGCUCCUGACACGAAUCUCGUGAGAGAGUUUGAUGGGUUGAUGCGUAUAUGUUUCAAUCGCAAGAACAAAACACUUGGUUCCAUUUUCAGGCAGAAAACAGUUCUUUCUGUGAUGGAGAAGAAUUAUAAGACUCUCCAGGCAUUACAUCAAUCGCAGAGCAAUUUAUCAGUGGAUUCGAUUGUUAGAAUGGAUGGUUCGGAUUUUGGAGAUAAUGGGGAUGACUUGAGGAUGGAGGUCGAUGACGGUGGAGACGACGAGAUGGAGUUAGAGGAUGGCGACGGAGGGGAAGUGUCUGAAUUUAAGGAGAAAGUUUUGAAUGUGUUGAAGGAGGGGGAUUUCGAAGAGAAGAGAUCAUCCAAGCUUACGCAGCAGGAGUUCUUGUACCUGCUCUCCUUGUUUAACAAGGCUGGUAUACAUUUCUCUUGAUGAGCGUAGCAAUUUUGAGGUAUGUAGUUUUGAUGAUGUUGAGUUUCACAGGUUUUAAAUGUAAGAGUGAGGAACAAGUCCUUGUUAGACUUAUUCGAUCAGUUAUCAUCUACAUGUUGCAAUUUUACGAUACAAAUUUCAACUUAGUGCGGCUUCUGCGAGUACUUGU